CACCACCCAUGACCCAACCCCGCGUUCUGCACGAGAUGCCAGCCAGCUGCAGCGAGCUCCGGCCGCCGGCCGUCCCGCGCGGUCGGCGGCUGGGACAAGCUGCCGCGGCGGCGGUGGCGCCUUUCCUGCUGAUCCUGCUCCUGGCCGCCGUGUCUGGCUCAACGGCGGCGGACGUCGUCAACCUGACACUCCUCACCGGCGCUCAGGAGAGAGGCGCAGUGUGCUUGGAUGGGAGCUCGCCGGGCUACCACCUGCAGAGAGGCUUCGGCUCCGGUGAACACAGCUGGCUCGUCUAUCUUGAGGGAGGAGGCUGGUGCGACGACAUCGAAAGUUGUUCCACGCGCAAAACGACCGCCAAUGGUUCAUCCAAAUUAAUGGAAGCAGCAGUAUUCGAGGGGAUACUGAACAAUGACAAACAAGUGAAUUCUGAUUUUUACAACUGGAACAAAGUUUUCGUAAGGUAUUGCGAUGGAGCAUCGUUUUCUGGGAAUACGGAGGCUCAAGAUCAGGAUGGGAGCACACUCCAUUUCAGAGGAUUGCGCAUCUGGGAGGCGGUUCUUGAUGAGCUCAUGGAAAAAGGACUUGCAAGUGCUAAACAGGCCUUGCUUUCAGGAUGCUCCGCUGGUGGUCUGGCUACACUACUGCACUGCAAUGAUUUUCAUUCACGAUUUCCUAAGGAGGUUUCAGCCAAAUGCCUUCCUGAUGCUGGAUUUUUCCUUGACAUUGAGGAUUUAUCUGGGGAGAGGCGCAUGUGGUCCGUCUUCAAUGGAACUGUUCAUCUUCAGAAUGUUAGUGAAGUUUUGCCAAAGGAUUGUCUGGCAAAGAAGGACCGGACAGAGUGCUUCUUGCCCACUGAACUUGUUAAGAGCAUCCGUGCUCCCAUGUUUAUUGUGAACUCUGCCUAUGAUUCUUGGCAGGUAAGAAAUAGUCUUGCCCCAGAUGGAUCAUAUCCUGGACAGUCAUGGUCGAAUUGCACAGAGAACAUUCAAUAUUGCAAUUCUACACAAAUGCAAGUACUCAAUGGGUUCAGGAAGAAAUUAGUCGAUGACGUAAAGGUCUUCAAACACAAAAAGGACUGGGGUCUGUUCGUUGAUUCAUGCUUCCUGCACUGUCAAACACAAUACAACAUCACAUGGAGCUCGCAGUUAUCCCCAGUACUCGGUAAUAAGACUAUCGCAGAGGCUGUUGGGGAUUGGUAUUUCGAGAGAAGCCGGACAACGAAAGAGAUUGACUGCGAGUAUCCAUGUAACCCCACAUGUAAACUUGUUGGAUAAUGUUUCAUCCAGAGGUUCACAUCGUCUGUCAUUAUGAUAAUUAUGAUAGUGUCUUUUACCCGUAAUGUCACGUGGAUCUAUAGGAGUGUUGAAUCCGGUAUAACAGCAGUCCCUUUUAUACUUUUUUAAAUUUACUUUUAUGAUGUUCAGCUCUACUUCUCAAGAUGUUCUGCUCUCGUGUACCUCUGAUGUUGCAUUGAAAUCAUAAAGAGAAAGAAUCCCUCAUUUUUCA